AUGAGCGAUUAUUUUUCUUAUUCAGCCAUCAUUUUCCUACUUAUCUGUCUUCAUAAUCAAUUAGUAUCCGCGUCUAUUCUUGGAAAUAGAUCUUUGGGGUUCAAAAAUGGUUCUUCACUAAAUGCUCGUCAACGAAUCUCAUCGCAGGCCGAAAGAUUUCGGCAAACAAUUACAUCAGUUCGUGAUCGUUAUGACGCUUCACGCGAGAAUCAUGACGAAUCAGUCGAUGAAGAGAGAUCUUCUCCGAACGAAGGAAUAACAUCUGUCGUUGUCCUUACAUCAUUAUCAGGAAUUUAUGUCUGGUGGCCAACUAUAUUCGGUGGUGAUGAUUCAUUUCAUUUAUUACUUACACAAGAAGAUGUUCCUCGUUUUCAUGAUGUAGCUGGUGAUGAGCAUGGUCAUAUUUAUCUAACGUCACCACACGAACGUACUGUUUACCGAUUACAGUAUUCCGACGGAUGGUGGAUAUCGAACUUUUCCAAUCAUUCCGUUAUGAAUUCAAUUCGGAGUGAGAUGCCCUUAUUUCUGAGUAUUCAUCAUGUUUCAUCGAUUCUCUAUGUCUACGGUCAUUCCGAUAUUCAAAUUAUUGAUCUUCUACAAAAACCGCGCACACGUGGUUCAGCACCAUUUAUGAAACGUUUACGCGAGUUAAGUCCUAAUUUACGUAUUAGUGAUAUGAUUAUCGAUCAAGUUACAGCAGAUGGUUAUAUUAUCGGUGAUUCAUAUGGUUGGUGUACUAUCAUACGUUGUUCAUUAAGUGUUAAUGAAUGUGUAUUCUUAUUCAAAAUUCCCUCCUCGUACGAUAAUCGUCCAUAUCCUUGCAUUGCAACAAUUGAUUUUUCCACGAAAAUCAUGUAUUUGAGUUUAGAAGAAAAGAUUCUUGCUAUUCAUCUAAAUGAAUAUACAAAUUAUGAUCGCCGUGAAAUUCUAGCCGAAAAACAAGGACCACGUUCCACAUUAGGUUACGAUGAUAUCGUUACGCAUCAAAAUAUUCUUCUAUACACGGAUGUUCUCCGGCCACUUUUACAUAUUUGUAUGUUGACACAUCCUGUAUCGUGUUUGAAUAUGUCACUAAUAUUUCCUUCGUCACAACGAACAAUCUUACCACUUCGUCUAAGUAUUAUUCAGGUGCCUAAUCUUCGGCCACCACAUGUUGAUGAUGACGAUGAAAUUGAACUGCAUAUCAAUCAAUCAAUAACUGUCCCAUCGGCAAUAGCUGCACUUGUGUCGAACAGAACAAGUGAACACGCAGGUUCUAACGAUGAUGCAUCAAGUAAAUCUUAUGUACAUAAAGAGACAAUCAUAGGUAACAUUUGGAUGUUAAUACUCGGCAUUUGUAUUGGUCUUCUUCUUGCUGGAGUAUCAUUUAUGAUAUAUUAUGUAAUCUGGAAUAAAAAUCGACCUCGACUAAAAACGGGUUCCAAUUCUUUGACGAUAAAAAGACCUUUUCUACAACAUCAAUCAUUUUCAAAAGAAGAUCGAGCGAAUCAAACUAAACCGAAAUAUCAACCAAUGGUGUCUCAAUCUACGACAGAGCGAUCGAAUAUCUAUGUAACUGAUUCCUUGACGGAAACUUCUAGUGAAUUAACAACGUGCACAACCAGCUCAUCGAGUUAUCGACCAGAUACAAUUCUUUAG